UCUAUAAAAAUAAUUUAAGUUGAUUAAAAAUUAUUUUAGUUUUAUUCUUAAAAAAAAAAAAGAAAAAAAAAUUCAGUUUUAGUAAAAAUACGAGGAAGUAAACCGGACCUUAAUAGGCUUAUAUGCGUUUCAUUAAUCUACUUCAUUUUCCCUUUAUUUUCAUUUCAUUAUUAUUUUACCCCUCACAGUUUUUCAAUUUUACGCUUCACCUCUCCUCUUACUCUUUCUCUCUUCUACUGAAGCGCCCUCUGAAAUACUUUGAAUUCUCCAUUAAAGCGGCUAAGCUUUCUCUCCUCCAUUGAAGAAACUUCUCAGGAUGAUGUUUAUAACCUUGUAAUGUUAGGACGAAACUUUGAAAACGGACCUUUUCUCCCUGGGCCAAUGGCGGCUGCCUUUCGUGCCCCGGCUCAGGGAUGGGCCUGAAUUGCUUGAUUAAUCUCAGUUAGUUGAUCAGGAAAAUAAUCAAACACUUGGUGGGUUGUCAGUUGUCGGGUAAUUUUUGAUUGUCUGAGACUCUGGCAAUGGCUCAACCGCAGAGUGCUCAAGCUGCACAAGUUCCCGGGAAGUCUAAUGCCCGUGUCGUGAACCUAGGGACUAAUAGUACUAAUGCCGGUGUGUCUUCGGCUGUGGGUGUUGCUGCUACUGGUUCUGCGAAUACUAAGAAGAGUCAUAAUAAAAAUUCUAGUAAGCAGCAAAGUUCUUCUGGGACUGGUGGUGGUAUUCCGUUUAAGACAAUGGAGCUUGCUCCAGCUGCUCGUAGGAAGAAAAGGAAGGUUCCGGAGAAUAAGUUACCGGAGAAAGUGGCAGCCCUUUUGCCAGAAAGUGCUCUUUACACCCAAUUAGUGGAAUUGGAAGCCAAGAUUGAUGCUGCCCUUGCUAGAAAGAAAACAGAUAUUCAGGAAACUCUAAAAAGGCCUCCCUGUAUUCAGAAAAUACUUCGUAUCUAUGUGUUCAACACUUUUGCCAAUCAGCCACUUGAAAAUGGUGAAAAUAAGAGUUCUGAAACUCCUACUUGGACGCUUAAGAUAAUUGGGAAUAUAUUGGAAAAUGGGGGUGAUUCCAGCUCUAGGACUAUGGAUAAUAGGUCCACUCCUUACCCAAAAUUUUCAUCUUUCUUCAAAAAAAUAACCAUAUGCUUAGAUCAGACCCUUUAUCCUGACAACCAUGUAAUAGUAUGGGAGAGUUCUCGUUCUCGUUUGCUUCAUGAAGGAUUUGAGAUUAAAAGGAAGGGAGAUAAGGAAUUUACCGCAAUUAUAAGGCUUGAAAUGAAUUAUAAUCCAGAGAAGUUUAAAUUAUCAGCUGCUCUUACUCAAGCUCUUGGACUUGAGGCAGAAACUCGCGAACGAAUCAUGACUGCAUUGUGGCACUAUGUGAAGAUGAAGAAGUUGCAAGACUCGAAUGAUCCGGCAUUCUUUAUUUGCGAUCCACCUCUGCGAGAAGUGUUUGGUGAAGAGAAGGUUAAGUUUGCUGUGGCCUCACAGAUUCUCACUCAACAUUUAACUCCUCUACAACCCAUACAUUUAGAGCAUAAGAUUAAGCUUUCUGGAAACAAUCCCAGCGGAAGUAUGUGUUACGAUGUGCUUGUUGACGUUCCUUUUCCUUUAGAGAAGGAUAUGUCUGCAGUCCUGGAAAAGAUGGAGAAAUGCAAAGAAAUAGAUGAUUAUGACAAUUCCAUUGCUGCUGCUAUAAAGAAGAUCAAUGAACAUCGGCAAAGACAAGCUUUUUUCCUUGGAUUUAGUCAUUCACCUGCAGAGUUUGUUAACACAUUAAUUGCUUCUCAGGAUAAAGAUUUGAAGGUUGUUACUGGUGACGCAGUUCAGAAUGCUGAAAAAGAGCAUCGAAGUGACUUUUUCAACCAACCUUGGGUUGAAGAUGCUGUUAUGCGUUACGUGAAUCGCAAAACUGCCAGUGGAGUUGCUGCUACAGGAGCUACAUGAUUUGUGAUAUCUAAUUAGGUACAAGGUUAUUGCAUGUUGAAUAUUGAUGAUUGGACCUCUAUUUUUGGCGUCACAAAACAUAAUGUGAAAUGCUUUUUUGUUCUAAAGAUAGCAGCCUAGAGUAUAUAGCAUGUCAAUAUUAUCACAGAGAUGAAGCUUAGGACUUCAACUGCCUUGUAUCUCAUAAGGAAAUUUUAGUAUUACUAGCGGUAUUCUGAGCAUGCAUAUUCAUAAUCUCUUUUUACUAGCUCUAGUUAUGAAUGAGAUUAAAAUGUCAGCUAGUAACCUCCUUUUAAUGUCAGAUUUCUUCGUUAAAGAAC